AUGAGUGUGAACGGCGAAAAUAGCUUCCAAAUAGGCCAUCCAAUGGGGUAUGCUUUUCAUCGAGACGAUAUUGAUAAUAUCAAUAGUGUGUACAACCCUGCCCAAGUGGGUGAGAUGGGUGCAAUUUGCAUGCCACAAGCAGACGGAAGUGCAACAUUUGAGGUUACUAGCACAACACUAUAUCUCAUACAUUCAAGAGGCUUAUAUGGAGGGUUGGAGCAUGAAGAUUCAUAUGAACAUAUACGAAGCUUCAUAGAAGUGUGGAUCCCUCUAUCAUUCAAAAAUCUAUCGCACAAAUGCAUACGGCUGUGCCUAUUUCCAUUAUCAUUAACAGUGGAGACCACUAAGUGGUUGGUCAAGCUUCCAAAGAACUCCAUCAAGUCAUGGGAAGAGUUGGUUACGGCUUUUUAUGAAAGAUUCUUCCCUCCAUCAAAGAUGAUGAAACUGAGAGACGACAUUCAAAACUUUAAUCAAAAGGAGGGCGAACCAAUUCACGAAUCAUGGACACGAUUUAAGAGAUUUUUGCAAAAAUGUCCAACGCAUGGACUGCCAAGUGAGUUAUUGCUUCAAUAUUUUUACCGUAGUCUAGAUUCAGUUAAUAAAGGGAUAGCUGAUCAGCAGGUGCAAGGAGGAAUAAUGUUACAAUCAUUUGAAGUAGCCUCAUUCCUCCUAGAUGGCAUGACUGGAGUAAAUCAAGCAUGGUACACAAAAGAUGAAAAAGUUUCCCCAGUAUGCUUCAGAUUAACACAAGAACAACUCGAUAAAGAAAGGGAGAGGGACGAAAACAUCAAAAAGAUGUUGUCUCAAAUGGAAGUGAUACAAGAGCACAUGAAGGGGACGUAUGGAGUAUUUCGAGUUGAGGAGGGUUCUUCUUCUGGUUACUUAAGACAUAGGGAGAAUCAAGGUUGGAACUCCAAAAGAGUUGAGGGGGGUUUUUCAUCCGGUUACUUAAGACUGGGGGAGAAUCAAGGUUGGAACUCUAUAAGAUAUAAGGAGGGUUUCCACCCACGCUAUCAACAGCGAGGCAGAAUUCAAGGUUGGAACCAUUAUAGGGGUGAAGAACCAAGGAGAUAUUGUCAUGAUUGGGCUGAGCAAGAUGAUCAUGAGGAAAACCAUACUCAAUUGAAUGAAAGCCCAAAAUCAAAAGGGAGUGCAAGUAGUCCUCGAGUAAAUGAUCUAUUGUCACACAUACUUGAUAAAGUUGAGGGCUCUGAUGAUUUGCUAAAAGGGAUGAGAGAUGACAUUUCAUCAUUAAACAGUAAAGUGAAUUCUCAUGCUGAUUCCAUCAGAACACUAGAAGGUCAAUUGAGUCUAUUAUCAGCUCAAUUAACAUCCAGGACACUGAUGGAAGAUAAUGAAAGGGGGUUGGCUGUAGUUACCCGUAGUGGAAAGAUGGCAAAAGGGAAUGUGAUGGAGGAUGAGGAUCCUUGA